AUGGUGCUUCGCCCAUUAAAAUACCAGCAGGGGAAGCGAGCUCCGCCUCCUCGUUUCACCCCCUUGCCCUUUCACUCCUCCCUGUCUCUGCAGAGCCCCUGGCAGCGACUGGUCCGGAGGAUGACCCGCUUCUUCACCAAGCUGGACGCCGACCGCUCCUACGCCAGCCUCAAGGAGGUGUGCGAGAAGAUGGGGUACACCUGGAAGAAGAGCUGCACCAAUCAGGUGACGGUCUCCACCACUGACCGGCGCAACAACAAGCUGAUCUUCAAGGUGCACCUUCUGGAGAUGGAGGAGCGGAUCCUGGUGGAUUUCAGGCUGUCCAAGGGUGACGGGCUGGAGUUCAAGCGUCAUUUCCUGAGGAUCAAGCGCCAGCUGAACGACAUCAUCAGCAAUCACAAAGUAUUGCUUCCUGUGACAUGAUGCAGGGGGCUGUCCCUGGGGGAACGCCCCGUUGCCGCGGACGCGCGCAAACGUACCGGCCGACGCGGGGGCCCUGAUCCUUCUCUGAACCAGUUCACCCCCCCACCCCACUCUGGAACGCAGGGAGACUCCAGAUUACACACCAGCUUGUCUGCUGCACUAUGAAGCAGCACCUGCUUUUCAAAAGGGAUUUUCAUCAGGGAGAGACUGGCUGGCAUGUACUUGUUAACACGCGUGUGUGGUUCUUUUAUUUAGAGCAGCAUGUACAACUAGUUAGAGUGGUUUCUUUGUAAAAAAAAAAAAAAAAAAAAAAAAAAAGUGUUUUCAAAUCAGGGGUCUCAGAGUAGAAAUGCAGGAGUUUUGAGAAAUUCAAGGCAGUUCUCGCCAUGUAGAGUGUGACAGACAGACAGACAGACAGACACUGAUCUGUGCAUUUCGACCAAAGUCCCUAAAAUAAGACCAGUGCAUCCCAAUACUGCGGUUUGUAACAUUGAUCUCCACCGUUAAACUCAAAGCUCUUUACCUCUCCUGGUUUUAAAAGACCAGAGACUAUGAAUACACUUGAAGAGGAGGGCGAGGCAGCACUGGGGUCGUUUGCUCAGUGAAGACUCGGCUGUACAGUCCAGCACAGUCAGCCUGGGUAAUAAUUAAGAACUGGAAAGGGUUUGAAGAGCUGCUCCGGACAGCAGGUUCCACUCUGUGAGCUUGUGUGUGUUUCACAGGAGAGCCUCGGUGAUAGCGGUGUAGGGCAUGGGGUAUCCUGCACAGGGUGUCUGCUUGUGUUUUACUGUUUGAAGUGUCUCAGAGUUUUCUCAAUCUUUCUGUUUUCUAUUGUUUGUUUGUUUGUUUUUUUUACAUGGAGUCCUGACUUUGUUUCAUUGUUUGCUCUCUUCUUGCUGUUAUAUAAUGAAAGAAGGGAGAAGGUUUUCUAUAUACAAUGAAGACAAAAAAGUAAUAUUUCUUCAUAUCUGUGUGUGUUGUGAUAUUAAUAAUGUGUUGAAACGUGGUGUUUAAUAUACUUAAUAUAAUACACACGUGACUGCUCUGUGAAUGAACGAGUCGCUCGGCAGAAUUGCUUCUGUAUUCUGGUUCAGCUGAACAAGGAAUAAUAAAAGUUUUGGAGUUA